AUGCAGAGGAAGGCUGAGGCCGCGCUGAAGCUUGUUGAGGAAGGGGCUAACAGAGAGUACUGGAGGGCCAUACAGAUGAAUCUGGAGGAGAGAAAAAACCAAAUACUAGCAGAUAAAGAAAAACUCGGAAAGAAGCAGGAGAACCUGCACAAGGAGAGGGAGAACCUGCACAACAAGCAGGAGAACCUGCACAAGGAGAGGGAGAACCUGCACAAGGAGAGGGAGAACCUGCACAAGGAGAGGGAGAACCUGCACGAACAGUGGCAAAGCCUUCAAGCAGCAGAGAAUCGUCGUUUGGAACAACUCCUCAGGGAAUUGCAGAAUGCGCACAAGAUGCGUGAAGGCCGUGAAAGGACUGUGGAGACAAGCGUACGCUGGACAGAGACAAAAUUGGAUCGAAGGCGACUGGGCCAUAAGGAGGGGGGCAAACUAUUCUGUCUGGAUCGGUCGUUGCUGAUACCAAACAGCUCUGGGCAAGCAGAGCUAUGUUGGCUCUACUGCAGGGAAGACUUCAAUUUGCAGUGGGGCUUCCUCGAGGAACAAGUGUGCAAGGAAGGAUGUUUGGGAUGGAUCCUAGGCACUCCGGGGACGGGAAAGACGAUGACGACCAUGUCCUUCAUGCAAUCACUGAGCACGGAGGCAGGAUGGCGGACGAUGUGCGUACGGAUCCGGAAAUCGGGGAUUGUCAGUAUCUACCAGGUUGAUGGCGAUGUACAGAAAAAGUGUGAGGCAAAUGCUAAAAAGGCAGCCGUCUUUCUUGAGAAUGUUCUUGAAGCAUGGGCGGGGGAGAGUCAUAAGUAUUUUCUGUCCUUGGAUGGGUUUGUGGAGGGGACACAAGUACAUGAAGACUUGUACAGUGUAUGUCUGCUAUGGCGCCAUGGUGACUGGGAGAAUCGGCGACUUGUUAUCACAACAUCGAUGAGCUCUCGAAGAAUGAAGCAUUUUGGGGAAGAUCUUGAGGAAAAGGCCAAAGAACUGAAAGUAUGCUCGUGGACGCUCGAGGAGUACCAGGAAGCCUUCAAGUACGACUUGCUGUACGAGAGCGUGGUGGACGUGAUGGGAUUGGGGGGAGACUCGAAGGAGGGGAGCAGUGGUGGCUGGCGGAUCGCUCGGCGAACAAGCCUUGAAGGAAACUUGCCGGCAGCGCUGGAUGGUCUCUCGGCCUCGCACUGA